UAUUGACUUCUUGUGGGAAAGAAAAACUCCUUUAGGGGUAUAAAAUGCGAGCAUCCCCCAUUUGUCUCAGGACUUGGGAGUAAUUUUAAUAAAUAUAUACUGAAAAAAUUAGACAUUGCAGUUUGAAACCUUUGUUAAAUUUCUUUUAUUGAAAAUUUCCCUGAAUUCCCCUUUAUUUCCCGCUCAAAUUUCUGAUAAUCUGUGCAACUUCAAGAAAUUAUUGUUUGAAGAAUCCCACAUCAUUAAUAGCAGAAACAGAUUCUUGAGAUAAAGGAGAAGAGAGUAAUCAAUGGAGGUUGGAGCCAAAGGAGAUUUGGAAUGUCAUAUGGCUAUGGAUGGGAAGACAAGUAACAAUGGUAUAGACAAAAAAAUCCCAUCUUGUUGUCUCAAGGCUCGAGCUUCCGCCCCUGAAUCCGAUGCCAAGUGUCAUUCAACUGUUGUUUCGGGAUGGUUUUCGCAACUUCAGUCAUCUUGUGGUAAAUCAAAGCUUUAUUACAACAAUCCAAUGUGGCCUGGAGAAGCACAUUCGCUUAAAGUAGAGGAGGUUUUGUUCAAGGAAAGGUCACUUUACCAAGAAGUUCUUGUCUUUAAGUCAUCAAGCUAUGGGAAUGUGCUAGCUCUUGAUGGCAUUGUUCAAUUAACUGAAAAAGAUGAAUGUGCAUACCAGGAGAUGAUUGCUCAUCUUCCUCUUUGUUCGAUUCCAUCCCCAAAAAAGGUUUUGGUAGUAGGUGGCGGUGAUGGCGGAGUUCUUCGAGAAAUUUCUCGUCAUACCUCUGUGGAACUAAUAGACAUUUGCGAGAUUGAUCAAAUGGUUAUUGAUGUAUCUAAGAAAUUUUUUCCUCAGUUAGCACUUGGUUUUGAAGAUCCCCGUGUCAAACUUCAUGUUGGUGAUGCUGUGGAGUUCCUCAAGAAUUCACCAGACGGAAUGUAUGAUGCCAUAAUCGUUGAUUCUUCAGAUCCUGUCGGUCCUGCUCAAGAACUUGUCGAGAGGCCCUUUUUUGAGACGUUAGCUAGGGCUUUGAGGCCUGGUGGUGUACUUUGUAACAUGGCAGAGAGUUUUUGGCUUCAUACUCAUUUGAUCGAGGAUAUGCUAUCUAUUUGCCAUGAAGUUUUCAAGGGUUCUGUUCAUUAUGCAUGGACUAGUGUACCUACCUACCCAAGUGGUGUCAUUGGAUUUUUGCUUUGUUCGACUGAGGGACCACCGGUUGAUUUUUUGAAUCCAAUCAACCCUAUUGAGGACAUAGAAGGAGCAGUUAAAAAAUCUCGAGAACUUAAAUUUUACAACUCUGAGGUUCACAAUGCCGCCUUUGCACUUCCUUCAUUUGUGAGGAAGGAGGUCAGUCUUCUUCGUGAUUCUGCAUCAACCUGAGCAGUCUGAGUCUCUUACGGAGAAGAUUUCAGAUCCUCGGCUUUUUUCCGAUCACAAGAAUAUAAGUGUUCUUCGAUACGUAUAUAUGCGUCCUACAAUAUCGUGAACUUGUAAGAUCACAUUGAUGAUACGUUAUUAGUAGCUAUGUCUAUUGAUUUGACGAAAAUGUGGGCUUGGUUUGCUAGUUUGUAAUUCAGAUUUCAGACUGAAAGUUGAUAUGAAUCUUACUAAUAAGAAUAGCCUGUUAAGUGUUGAA